AUUCUAACAAACGAGCAAAACACAGGACACCUAUCAAGCUACAACUCUGUCAAAACAAAAAAAAAGAUAUUUAGGAGAUAUUCGGGCAAAUAUUCAGUCGCUAGACUUUUUCACUGCCACCAAGAGCCAAGAGUUUGAACCUCGUUCAACAGCAGCAUGGAAGGGUAUGCGAUGACACCUGAAGACAUGGAGAGGGGCCCUGUGUACAACACAACGGUGACAGCUGUCGCUGAGGGAAAGGCCUCCAGAGGUUGGCUAUGGAGGCUGUGUGGGGUCCUCUUAAUAGCAGUUCUAUGUGCGGCAGCAGCCCUACUCUUUGCAUGGUGUCAGCAUGGAAGACUGGCAACGAUGCAGGACGAAAUGGAGCCUCAACUGGAGAUACUCAUUGGUGCAAAAGAUACCCACCAUACAUUGAAGCAGAUUGCCGGCAAGGCAAAAGCAGCCAUCCAUUUAGAGGGUGAAUACAAUCCUAAUCUUACCGCUGACACCGUGCAGUGGAGAAAGGAUGACGGCCAGGCUUUUUCCCAGGGCGGGUUCGAGCUACAGGGGAACCAAAUCCUCAUCCCACACACUGGGCUCUUCUUCGUUUACAGCCAGGCUUCGUUUAGGGUCAAGUGCAAUGGCCCGGGCGAGCAUACCACUCCUCUGAGUCACAUUAUUUGGCGCUAUUCGGACUCCAUCGGGGUUAAUGCUAAUCUUCUUAGCGGGGUAAGGUCAGUUUGUCAACGAAACUACGGUGAUGCUGAGUCCAAAAUUGGCGAAGGCUGGUACAAUGCAGUUUACCUUGGUGCGGUGUUUCAGCUGAAUGAAGGGGACAAACUGUGGACUGAGACCAAUCGACUGACCGACGUGGAGCCUGAGCAGGGCAAGAACUUCUUCGGUGUGUUUGCACUGUGAUGAGAGAGAGGCAGGCCAGAGAUGAAUAUUUGUUAAAACAGUUUUAUGUUAAAACUCUUAUUUUAGUGUUGCAAUUUUAUGGUAACUAAGCCAUCUCAAAGGAGAUUGGUCUAAUCUUAAUGGUUAUUUUUGUAAACUGCAACAGUUUGUGAAAUGAUUAUUGUUUGUCCAUACAUGAUUGUCCAUUCUCUAUAUUGUAGACUUUGCACCAAAUAAUAUUAUGACUUCCGGUUAUUUAUAUUAACUUUAAAAAAUUAUAUUUACUAUUUAUAUGAAAAUACAAUAGGCUACUGUGGUGUACUGUAGUAUAAGUUAUCUUGAUUCACAUAAGUCUAGCAGUAGCCUAUACUAGGCCUAUCAGAAUACAGUACUACAAUAUUAAGUUAUUUUAUUUAAUGUACUGAUGUACUAAUGUUUAUUUAAAUGUGAUUGUGUUGUAUUUUAUUUGUCACCUAUUCAGUGUGCUUGAAUCAACUAAUAAAUUCCAAAU